UGCAGUCCGGUCCGCCCUGCAGUCCGGUCUGAAGUAUGUCUGGUCAUCUCCUGUACUGUUUGCAGUCUCUGCUCAUCUCCUGUACUGUGUCCACAGUCUCUGGUCAUCUCCUGUACUGUGUCCGCAGUCUCUAGUCAUCUCCUGUACUGUGUCCACAGUCUCUGGUCCUCUCCUGUACUGUGUCCACAGUCUCUGGUCCUCUCCUGUACUGUGUCCACAGUCUCUGGUCAUCCCCUGUACUGUGUCCGCAGUCUCUGGUCAUCCCUUGUACUGUGUCCGCAGUCUCUGAUCAUCCUCUGUACUAUGUCCACAGUCUCUGGUCAUCUCCUGUACUGUGUCCGCAGUCUCUGGUCCUCUCCUGUACUGUGUCCGCAGUCUCUGGUCAUCUCCUGUACUGUGUCCGCAGUCUCUGGUCAUUUCCUGUACUGUGUCCGCAGUCUCUGGUCAUCUCCUGUACUGUUUCGCAGUUCUCUGGUCAUCUCCUGUACUGUGUCCGCAGUCUCUGGUCAUCUCAUGUAGUAUGUCUGCAGUCUCUGGUCAUCUCCUGUACUGUCCGCAGUCUCUGGUCAUCUCCUGUACUGUAUCCACAGUCUCUGGUCAUCUCCUG